AAAUUCGCAAAGUUUGACUUUAAUUUGUUCAUGAGACUGAAGUUCGAAAUUCAGUUAGAGCUGUUUGAUCCAAAAUUGGGACUCACCUACAAUGAUAUUAUUAUCCUUCCGGGAUUUGUGCAUUGUGGAGCCUCAGAUAUCGAUACUACUUGUCGAUUAACAAAGAAUAUAUCCCUCAAAGUACCCUUUGUAUCCUCACCUAUGGACACAGUGACCGAGGGGAAUAUGGCGAUUGCUAUGGCUCUCCGUGGAGGAAUCGGUAUUGUUCAUCACAACUGUUCAGUGGAUUUUCAAGCCAACGAAGUUCGAAGGACAAAGAGAUACAAACAAGGAUUUAUUUUGUCCCCGAUCGUUGUUUCGCCGACUACACCAAUUCACGAGAUCUUCCGAAUCAAGAAGGAGCAUGGAUUUAGUGGUAUCCCGGUAACGGACAAUGGUCAAAUUGGAGGACAUCUGGUCGGGUUGAUCACGCUCAGAGAUAUUGACUUCGUGAAUAAUGAUACAAUGGAGACCCCAACUCGGAUUUUUCAUAUUGUCAUUCGUUUUUGCGCAAUCUACUGUGAUACAUGUUCUUUUGUAGGGAAACUGCCGAUCAUAAACGAUAAUCGUGAACUUGUCGCUUUGAUCUCACGCACGGAUUUGAAGAAAACGACAGAUUAUCCUCAUUCGUCCAAAGAUUCUGAGCCCAAUCCCUAUCCUCCUUACCCAUUGUCACUUGCAUUGUAUGCGUUGAGUUUGGUUACGAUCAGUGGGGUUCGCUUCAUUAUAUUACGCUGUACAAUUGUUAUUACUAAUAUUAUUAUCAUUCUUAUUAUCGGUACCACUAAUCCCUUAUCCGCACCCAACUCACCGCAGUGUACGUUCACUUCCGAAACGGACGGGUGA